AUGCAAUUUUCAUUUGCGUUUCAUUUUUUGCUUGCGUUUGCAUUCUUGACCCAUUCAACAGCAACACUGAAGAACAAAAAGACCUACGAGCCAACAUGGGAGUCCAUAGAUUCACGACCACUGCCUGCCUGGUUUGAUGAGGCUAAGAUAGGAAUCUUCUUACACUGGGGAGUCUUUUCUGUGCCUUCUUUUAAAGCUGAUUGGUUUUGGUAUUCAUGGCAAACAAAAGAUCCAGAAGUGCUGGAAUUCAUGAAAAAGAACUAUCCACCCAAUUUUACAUAUGCAGAUUUUGGUUCUCAGUUCAAAGCAGAAUUUUAUGAUUCUGAUCUGCUUGCUGACAUCUUCAAGGCUGCAGGAGCAAAAUAUGUGGUUCUCACCAGCAAACAUCAUGAAGGAUAUACUAAUUGGCCAUCUAAAUAUUCUUGGAAUUGGAACUCUUUAGAUUUGGGACCCAAGAAGGAUUUAGUAGGUGAACUUGCCAACUCAAUAAGAAACAGAACAAAUUUACACUUUGGUCUUUACCAUUCUCUUUAUGAAUGGUACCAUCCGUUAUACUUGCAAGACAAGAAUAACUCUUUUAAGACUAACUCUUUUACAAUGAGAAAAACCCUGCCUGAGUUAUAUGAGAUAGUGAACACAUACAAGCCUGAUGUUGUUUGGUCUGAUGGUGACUGGGAAGCUCCUUAUCAAUAUUGGAACAGUACUGAAUUUCUUGCAUGGCUCUAUAAUGAUAGUCCAGUGAGUGAGACGGUUGUGGUGAAUGACAGGUGGGGAGGUGGUACAUUGUGCAAUCAUGGUGGGUACUUCACAUGUUCUGAUAAAUACAAUCCAGGUGUUCUGCAAAAGCACAAAUGGGAAAACUGCAUGACAUUAGAUCUUAGCUCAUGGGCUUACAGAAGAGUUGCACAGUUGAGGGACAUCAUUUCAAUAGAAGGUUUAAUUGCUGAGGUGGCAUCAACUAUCAGUUGUGGUGGAAAUAUAUUGAUCAACGCUGGAAUUCGAUCAGAUGGACGAAUCGAUCCCAUCUUUGAGGAGCGGUUGAGGCAACUGGGUACGUGGUUGAAAGUUAAUGGGGAGGCAGUUUAUUCGUCAAUUCCUUGGAAGUUUCAAAACGACACCAUCAGCAAGAACAUAUGGUACACCUCUAAACAAUCUGAUUCCGAAAAAGUGGUUUAUGUUUUUGUGUUGAACUGGCCAGCACAAAAUAUUUUGACGUUAGGAGCUCCACAGCCAUCAUCAACCACCAAGGUUACAAUGCUUGGGUAUUAUGAUUCGUUUCUAUGGAACAAACAUUCAUCGAGUGGAGGCAUUGACAUCGUCUUUCCGUACAUUCCACCAACCCAGCUGCCUUCAAUGUGGGCCUGGGUUCUCAAACUGCAAUAUUUAGAUAAUUAA